CCGAUGAACAGUUUUGCAAUGUGAUGUGUAUGUUAACUAUGGAUACUAUCGUUAUGUCUACAAACAACUAAAUCAAUCGGCCAGUCUGCAACCAUCAAUUCACUUACACUAAGAUCGUGGUCGUGUUUGAAACAACUCCAUUACCAACGGACAUGGAGAAACAAAAGAAAAACAGGAGAGUUCUGCUGACACAGUUGGACGAUGACGACAACGAAUCAACAACCUCAGCUAACGGGCUCGCCAGAUCCGCACAGAACGAAGUGAUAACAACUAAAGCUGAAGACUCCACCAAAAACGUCAAAUUUAAAAAUAGCUCACCAAAACCAAGAAUUGAAGCUGAAGCCGAGGUAGCUGGGUCAGCAGGUGACGAAUCUGUGUCCACCUUACAUGUCGCACGAGGCCGCACUGACAGUGUGUCAGAUGACAGCGGGGACGAGAUUGUCGACGAUUCGGAUUACGAUACGGACUUAGAUAUUGAUGGAAACAAGUGGGUUUAUCCUGAAAGAUAUGACCAUGACCUAACAGGCAAACGAAGAUAUUUGAAUGAGUGUAAAAAACUUGGUGUCCACCCAAUCAGCUACUUCCUGGACCACAUGCAGGACCAGAGGCUCAAGCUCAAGAAUCAUGGGAUAGGUCCGCAGGCUAUGAUAGCUUUAACAGCGCCGCUACAGGUAAAUACAACAAUAGAGCAUCUAGACCUGGAGGGUAACGGCAUCCGGGGAGAGGGAACAAUACACUUGUGCCGUGUCUUGAGAGAAAACGUUUUCAUCACAGAACUGAAUAUAUCUGAAAACGGCAUAGAAAACGAAGGAGCUGAAGCUGUAUGCCAACUUUUAAUGUAUAACAAAACGAUAGAGAAACUGAAUUUAGCUGGUAACGGCAUAUCUGAUGGAGCUGCCCAGAACUUCUAUACACUGCUAACUAAGCGAAAUUCGACUCUGCGAUAUUUGAACUUGAGUCACAACCAAUUUGAAGAUGAAGGUGCGAGGUGGUUCAAGGACGCACUGAUGGAGAACGAGGUACUCGAGCACUUGGACCUGAGUUGGAAUCAUUUCCAGAAGAGAGGGUGUGUCCUGCUGGCCGAGGGACUCAAGGAAAACGUUGGCCUGAAAGAGUUUUCCAUAUCAAUGAACGGCUUGGAACUGGAGGGCGGCAAGGCGCUGGGUGAAGCUAUCAAAUCCAAUAGAACUCUUCUGCGUCUGUAUGCAGCCAACUGUCGCUUGUCGCCCACGUCUGCCGUGUACCUGGCUAACGGUCUGAUGUCCAAUGACAACCUCAACAUGCUGGAUGUCUCCGAGAACUGUAUCAUAGCAGAUGGCGCCUGGGCCAUGUUGAGUGGUAUAGAGAAAAAUGAAGCUUCAAACCUAAUGCUCCUCAAUCUGGGGAGCACUCACGUGGAGGUGAGGUUCAAGAAACUACAAGAAAAGCUCCGUGAGCUAAAGGGUCUGGAGGUCAUACACGGAGGGGUGCUGUACGAUUACAAGAUUGAGGCUGUAACACUCACACCGUUGGAGCUCUUUAAGAGAGAUCCCUACACCAAACUGAGAGACUGGGUUGGAAAAUCUGGCUAUCGCCUGGUUGACAUGCUGCGGCGGUUUGACAAAAACCAAAAUAUGACCAUCUCUAUUGAAGAGUUCUGGAACGGCAUCAUGUCGUGCAAUAUACCCAUCACUGAGCGACAGUUUGAACUACUCAUUGAGAGGAUGGACAGAGACGGAAACGGAGAAAUAGAUUUCAGUGAACUGCUGGAAGAAGACAGGGAACACACUCUAGCACUGAGGGAGGUCAACAGGUGGAUUGAGACUGAAAAGCAAAACGAAGUCAAGCAAAUCAAAGAAAAAAUAUUCCAAGCUUUAAAAUAACCUUUCAGUCUUCAUCAGUAGAAAUCAUUGCCUUACAUCUUUUAUGUUUAUAGAAAACCUUACUGGAAAAAAAAUUUGGAUUUGUUUUAUAAACCCUGGGCUUGAUUAGAAGAUUAUAAUUAUCUUAUAUAAAAGUCAAAAAAGAUCAAAAUAAAAUGUAAACGGCCUAGAAAUUUUACAAUAAGUAGAUGUAUAGGGCCUACUAUAAAUGGUAUUCAACUUAAGGAAACAGCAGAACCUAUGAAUGAACAUUUGUUUGAGACACCACCAAUGAAACAAACAUGAAACUUUUAUAAACUGAGUUUAUUUUAACAAAUCCAUGAGACAAUGUUGAAUUUUUUCAUGUGGAACCAUUUAACCAAAUUUAUUUCAACUCUAAAUUUGCUCAAGAACAAGUGUAAUAAUUGCACUUUUAAAAAAACAAAAAAAACUAGCUCUUGCUUUUUAAUUCUUGCUGCAUGAAGAAUUGAACCACUGGUGUUAAAAUGUUUUCUCUCAGAUCACAGUAUCAGACAUUAAGCAAAAACAGAAUGCAAUAAAGACCUAUUGUUACAAAAAUCAGAUUACAAAAAGUUUUCAAAACAACAAUACUGCUUUUAUAGUUUAAUACUUUUCUAACUUACAUUAUUGUUUGACACAAAUUUUUAAAAAAGUAUUAUCUGUAUUUAAAAUGUUUACAUUUAAGAUUCAAAAUAUUUUUAUGAUUUUAACAUAAUAAAUAAAUUCAUUACAAUUUGUUGUUUUAUAUUUUUAGAACUCAUAAUCAAGAUUUAACUGUCUUGACUUACUGUAGGAAAAACUAUUCACAAAAUAAAAGAGAAAUAUGAAUGUACAUUAAACUAGAAAUGUUUUUACACAAUGGAGUCUGUAGACUAGUUUUUGUGUACACUUAGCAUUAACAAAAAAUAAGGCAAAUAUAUAAACUAUAUCUGAGGCCAUUCUGGAAACUAUCUAGUACUAAUAUUUGUUCAUUGUUCAUUUUUGAAAGAUCUACAUUACAAACUACAACAUUUUUGAAAAUGUCCAAAAGAUUUCAUUUUAAAUGUUGUACAUGGUUUGAAAAAAGUAAGGAGAAAAUCAGUUUUUGUAAUUUAUACAAAUAUUACACUGAAAGGUUCUUCAACAAAUUUACUAGCCGUUUCAUCAAAUGUACACAGAAAUGAACAUCGUUUUUAGAGUUUUUUAAAUCAAAUAACUGAUUUUAUAAAAAUCUAAAAGUAUCAAACAAAGAAUAUAUGUUUAAUAAUAUUUAA